GUGGUGCUAGUGAUGGCCUAUGGCAGUCUGGUCUUUGUCCUGCUGUUCAUUUUUGUCAAGAGGCAAAUCAUGCGCUUUGCGAUGAAGUCUCGCCGGGGGCCACACGUGCCCGUAGGACACAAUGCACCAAGGGAGAUGAAGGACGAGAUAGACAUUUGCCUCUCUAAGGUCCAGGACAUCAAGUUUGAGCCUCAGCUUUUAGCCGCAGGAGAUGAGCGAUUACUUCAGCUGGACAGACCUGGUCAAGAAGGAUGCUAUAAUUAUUUAUACAGAAUGAAGACAGUGGAUGCCAUUAAGGAUACAGAUAUUCCCUUUCAAGAAAACAGGAAACACCCCAAAUCUCUGGUGGGCAAAAACUUCCGUGCCUUCCUGCUUGAUCUUAGGAAUUCCAGCUCGCCAUACAAAGGGAUCCGCAAGAGUUUAAUCGACUCCCUGCUGGAUGGCUAUGAUACUGCUCGAUAUGGCCCCGGGGUCUAUGGAAAGAGUGAACAUGAGAAGUUUGUGGAAUCCUUGAGAGAACUGUCGGCCAUUUUGCAAGCAAGAGAGGCGGGCAGCCAGAAACAACGCCAAUCUACAGCUAAAGAUCUGACCGCUUCCCCCGAGGUGCCAUCAACUCCCACCAUCCAGGUGACCUACCUGCCCUCCAGCCAGAAGAGCAAACGCCCCAAACAUUUCCUAGAAUUGAAAAGCUUUAAGGACAAAUAUAAUACUCUGGAAAGCACUCUUUGAGCACAAGCACUCAGACAGGCUUCCAGUCAUGACCAGUGAGCGGCUCUUGGGAAUCUUCUCCCCUGCAGCAUGGCGUUCCACUGGGAUUCGGGGAUGGACUUGGUAAAACUCUCCUGGUCACAGUGACUUUCAAGUGACUUACAAGUAACUUUCUAGUGAGUUGCAGAGAUGUAAGGGGACAGAUUUACUAAAGGGCAAAGUGAAUAAUGCUGGUGACAAUUCGCCAUCAUUACCGCUUUUAGGCACUUUGCUGAUUUACUAACCGGCAGAGGCGUAACUUCGCCAGCGAAAGAGACAGAUGCUUUCGCUCAUUCGAACUCUAUCGGCAGCUGAAUUUUCGCUCUGUUGAAUGGAUGUUACUCCGCAAAUUCACUAAGAUGCGGAUUUUACUGAACGUUUCCUCUUUCGCCAGCUCAGACCAGGAGAAGUACAUUCUUCUGUUACUUACAUCAUAUUUUUAGUGCAAAAAGUUUCUAAGUCCCAAAAAAAACCCUAGCGACUUUUCCUUUUUCUCAGAGUGAUCGCCUGCAAAGGUCCUUAAAAUUUUUUUUCGGUAACCGGGUUCCCCAUACAUUUUCUAACAUAUGGCACAUAAACUAUACAGUGGGCUCAUGUGUAGGGCAAUAUAACAACUCUAUUGUCUUUAUUAAGGUUCCCUGGACUUGUGUAAUGUAUUUGCUGCAACAUAUACGUCCAUUCAACUUUAUAAUUUCCCGCCGUAUGCAAAUUAGCCUGAGUGAAGACCUCUAACAAAGUUGCGCAUAAUUGAAUGCUAGCUGAAGUAACGCUAGUGAAAAUUCGCCAGCGUUUGGCGCCCUGAUUGCAACUUCGCAUUUUAGUAAAUUGGUGUUUUCUGAGCAAAUGGGUAACUGUAGUGAUGGGUGCGAAGUGAGAGGACUGAUUUAAAUGGACUGCAGUGAUUUGUACAUAAUUCAAACAUUCCUGACCCUGGCUCAGGCUCGGCAGCCAUCUUGUUCUCAUGGUUGCUUGCAAGCCAGGACUGGCUCUUGCACCCCUAAUUAAAGUAUACAUUUUAUAAUUAUUGCACAAGGCUGCAGGCUUCCCUUUUCUUAAAUGCAGGUAGGCCCACUUAGACAAUGAAGGGAGUUAUUGUCCUGGCUGAACACAGGAAAUAAAACAGUCCAGCAGCAGGAAGUACAGAGAAUUUGAAGUCUGUAUCUGGGUAAGUUCUAGGUAAAGAUUGGAUUCACUUACCAUGGGGGAGGUUCUCAAUAGAUACAGUGUAAUGGGCCCAUAUUGAUUAGAUAACUUAUUUUAUUACUAGGGGCCUUUUUUUAAAAUUGUUCCUACUUCUUUCUUGUGUUUGACUCUAAAUUAUGCAGAAAGGCCCCACUACAUGAGGAAUUUGUAUGUAUGUAAAUAGUUUAGUUAUGUGGAUUGUUCUGCCUGUUAAAAACAGGAAAAAUGUUUUGUAUUUGACCCACUGUGUCUGUGGGGAAAUCUCCUGUGACUGUGUUUAAUAAACAAUAAAACCGU